CCCUCAUUCCUCCCCUAAAACUAAAAACAUGCUACCCCUUCUUCUCCUCCCCUCUCGCGUCUGAGAAACGACGCACCAGUAGCCCCCCACCUCUCCACCUCCCUCCACUCCGACCGACGAGCACAGCCGCUGAUGACCCACCACCACGCGACGAAGACCCUCUCCAUCUGCUCGAGGUAAUGCUCUCCCUCCCCCUCUCUCGAAGAAAUGGAAAGGAAGGUCGAAGCAGGGUCAAAUUGCGAAAAUCGAAUCGCACCACCAAAGCUCUAUUGCCAAGGCUGGUCCGGAUUCUAUUGGCAUCGUUGCUGUUUCCCGCAACUAUUAAAUCCUCAUCUGUUUGUGUGCCUAUCUCUCUGGUUGAUUUGCUGGAUUGGUUUGCCCAAAAUGUCAAAGGCGAGAGCUUCAAGUGCAGAAUUAUGAAAUGUUCAUUGGGAGCUGCAGUGUAUCCCAUCUGGAGGGAGAGAAACUUACAAGUGUUCUAACAGAAAACGAUGGCUAGUGAUGAAGUUGCUCGGAAUGCUGUUAACUCCAUGAGGGACUUUCUCAGUUCCAUGAGAAGAGUAAAGUUAUCCAUGGAGAAUAAAAGAUUGUGUGCUGAAUGAGGACUUGUUGAUCA